AUGUGGAUGAGGAUUGAGUUGACCUUCUUGGGUAGCCUUACAUCCCUGACCCUGGACCAGCAGACGGUCAACAAGGUUACUAAGGGCACUGACUACUACCUAGGGAACUAUACAACCAACUCCUACCUGUACCUGGGGGGUAUGCCCCCCUGGUACACCACGAAGCUAGCCUCCCUAGCCUUGCCCUCGGUCGUGUUCGAGCCUAGGUUCGAGGGGGAGGUGAGGAAUCUCGUCUACUCGAAUACAGAGGGGGGUAGACCAAAGCAUCAAGAUAUGAUGGCAUACAAGGAUGUGAGAUUGACAACAUUGGAUCACUGUUCAAAAAUGAAUCCCUGCAAAAAUUCAGGUGUGUGCUUGUCUUCAGACCGUGGAGCUGAGUGUGAAUGUCGAAAUAUUAGAUUCAAGGGACAGUUCUGUGAAAUAGGUUUGCCUGAUGAUGAGCUAAGUGUGUGGGGUAGUGGAUACCUAGCUAUGAACCUGGCCAGAGCAGGUCCCCUCUCCGCCCCCCUCCUAGCUCACCAGGACAACAUCACGCUCCAUUUCAAGACGGAGACCAAGGAUGGAAUAUUGUUCUUCUCAGCGUAUAGUGGAGAUUACAUGUCCCUGUAUAUGAAGGACGGAGAGAUUAAACUAGAUCUAAGAAUUGGAACAGGGAGAUUAAAAACAGGAGUCAGCAAACAAAGAUUUGAUGAUAACGAGUGGCACACAGUCAUUAUACACAGGAAAGCAAAUAAGCUUUCAAAUACAGUCUAUUCCUGCAAAGUGACUCUAGAGGUAGAUAAAACCCAUAAGGAGAGAUGGACUAGUCCUGGAAUCUAUAAUCUUCUUGCUUCCUCACAUGUAUACCUGGGUGGUGUUCCAGAGAAGUUUGGCCGGUCACACCAUCAUAAGACACUCAGUUUACCUGACAUUGCCACAACAGCAAACUAUAUCGGAUGCCUCAAAAAUGUUGAAUUUAUAGCAGACAGUAUUCGGUUGGAGCUGAUUCAGCUGGGUCAGUCUGGAAAUCAAAUUGUUACUGCGCAUGGCAACUUAGAGUACAAGUGUACGUCAGUACACUCUUACAGUGUACAACAAGAUGUUCGUUUGACAAACUUUUAUGAGGAUUCAUCAAGUGGAGCAAUAACAUUUACUCGUCCUAAUGCUUUCUUGACAGUUCCAGGGUUUACUGAUGAAAGACGUAGCCAGAUAUCUUUAAGAAUACGGACAUUGGAACAUAGUGGAACCUUGCUCUAUUGUCCAGGGCAGAGUGGACAUUUCUUUGGAGUGGAAUUGUUUACUAGUCACCUCUACCUUCAUUAUAAUCUGGGGACAGGACAUGUCAAGAUUAGAAUAUCAGGGAACCGGCUGGAUGAUGGUAAAUGGCAUCAUCUUGAGAUAGAACGACGAGGUGGUGAGGGUACUAUUCUACUAGACGGAGAACAACAUCAGUUUAAUAUACCUGGGCAACCACCACCUCUUCAGUUUCUUGGUAUGAUGUAUCUUGGAGGUGUUCCUCCUUUCCAGAUACCACAUCCACCCCAGGUUUGGUCUGCUACUCUAUCCCAGGGUUAUGUUGGUUGUGUCCGAGAUCUUGUAGUUCAAGGCUUUCCUAUUCAACUCAGUGAACUAGCAGAGAAACAGGAUACAGGUUCCAUCUUGCUCACUUGCUCAACUCCGAAAAGAACCUGCACAGAUCAGCUGUGCCAGCACGGGGGUUUGUGUGUAGAGGGUUGGAACCGGUUUUCCUGUGACUGUUCUAGAACCGGAUACACGGGACCCACGUGUACAAGAGACACUCCUACACUGCACUUGACCGGGCAUGAAGAUAUGAAGGUGUUGGCAUCUGCCCAGUCAGAUAUCGAGGCAGAUGAUAUUUCAAUCAGAUUCAAAACUAUCGAACCCAGUGGCGUGAUCUUCAGUACAUCUGACGACUGGAGUACAGAUCGUCUUGAGAUAUCUUUAAGUCGAGGAGGGUUGGUUCUAACCAUUAGGAUGGAUGGACAUGAAUCCGUCAUGCUCUCAGGGUUUGGUUUGGAUAAUGGAGAAUGGCACACAAUCCACGUGGUCCGACACGGCCGCCAUGUUUUAUUGGAAGUGGACGGGGUAAACCAAAGAACAGAAACAUUGAUGAGCGCAACAGCAGUUCUAAAACGAGGACGGUAUACAGUGGGAGCUGGAGUCACCAUGCCUCUCAACUAUCCAAACUUUUCAGGAGAUAUCCAGCAAGUGAUUGUAAACGGGAAACAUUUACUGGACCUGGAACGGGAACACCUUCUCACAAACUCAGAACGUUCCGCAGAGUUUAAAGAAAUCCGGGAAGAUCCAUACCAGCCCAUCACGUUCACAUCACGUAACACAUUCUUGGGUCUACCUCAGAUGAAAACGUAUUUUGAUCUGGAGAUCAGAUUAAUGUUCAGAACUAAAGAGAAGUACGGUCUGUUGCUAUACAACGGUGGUAAAGCAACUGAUUUCUUGGCUGUUGAAUUGAUGGAUGGACAUAUUCAUCUUCUUAUCAGCCUAGACAAGAAAACUAUUCAACUCAAGGAUAAUCAUCCAAACUUGGUCUCAGAUAAUGAUUGGCAUACUCUUGUCAUCUCCAGGGUUGAUCUAGAAACAGUGGUGAUUGGUUUGGACGACACUACAUCAAGAUUACAAACGACAUCGUCUUCAAAUUCGUCUCUAAACCUGGACGGCAUUCUAUUCUUAGGUGGAGCCCGCCCUGGGAUGUUUUCUGAUCUUCCGCCAGGGAUUCAAUCUAAAUACGGAUUUAAGGGUUGUAUAGGAAGCCUGGAGCUGAGUGGAGAGUAUAUUGAUCCUAUUAAAUCUGCAGUUCUGCCAUCAACUCAUGUAAAGGAAGGGUGUGAAGAGCACCGGAUAGAGUGUGGAAAGUCCACCUGUGGAAACCAGGGGGUGUGUCGAGUACGCCCUACCCCGACUGCUAUAUGUGAUUGUGAGCUAACAUCAUUUACUGGACCAACCUGUAUGGAUGAAUCCUCCAGUUUCGAGUGGAAAUCUAAAACUGGGCUAAUCACGUAUCAGUAUCCAGCAGCGGAAAGACUGGAAGGACAGAUUCUAGCAUUCGGGCUCAUUACUCCAAACUCAAACUCUGUCAUUCUCAGGAACCCCUUUACGGAUGGAAAGGUUCUAGUUUCCUUCUAUACUGAGAACAGGGAGAUUUUAGUAAGAGAAAACUCAUUAAAGAUAAAUGAUGGGAAGUAUCACGUGAUCAGAUUCAGCAGAACAGGAAGUCAAGCUCUCCUUCAUAUAGACGACUACCAGUUUCAGAUUGAACGGCCGUUUCAAGGUGUUAUUUCCGGUCUUGUCUACAAUACUAUUCGGCCGCUGGACUUAGCUAAAGAGAGAAAAGACGGAGCGAGUAUAAUGGGAGAUAUCAAGUAUCUUCAUCAGAUACCGUUUAAUUACAGAGAUUAUAACUUGGAUGAGUUUGAGAGAAUGCAACAAACUGAUAGCAGUGAUACUCCAGGGGUUCAGGACGACAUAAUAAUUGCGAAAUGCAUUUCUAAACGGAAGAACCUAAGCUCCAAGUGUUACCAAUAUGCAGGAAGUGGAGAUGAACUGAUCACUCCUGUGUAUAUCUCCCCACCAGACCCCCCUGCCCUGGAGGAUAGUACCCCCUGGGUACACCCCUGUCUAGAUGACGAGGACUGUUGGAUACAGGAGGGUAGUGCAGACAAGGACCCGGAGACAACUACAUCCAACCCUUGGAGAUACACGACCUAUCCCUACUACCCUGACACAACCACCCAGGAGCCCCUGGAUCAGAUCUACCAACCUGAGUAUCCUAUAUACCCUGGAGAACCCCCUACCUACCCCCCUACCCAGUACCAUCCUACCAAUGGUAGAAGCUAUGAGAACUAUGAUCAGAAGUAUAAUAUCUACGAGAACCCAGAGGAGCAGGAACCAGGGGAUAAUCCCAGAGAGAAAAUUCAUCACAACAAGGCAGGGAUAAACAUUCCUGGAACCCUUCUCAUCAUUGGGAUCGUUUUUGUGAUCUUGAUCGCCAUCAUUCUCAUUAUUGUGAUUGUUUUUAAAAUGAGGACACACUCUGAGGCCAGUGUGAAAGUUGUUGAAUCUAAAUCGUAUUCUGUGGACCCCAGUACACCACCUGUACUAAGCAGUACGCAGGUUAAACCAGUGAAAACAAACAAUAAUAAACCUGUUAAAGAAUGGUAUGUCUAGAAUGUCAAAGAAGGAGUAGAUAUAGAAUAUUAAAUGCAGACUUAACUAAUAAAAUUACCCCGGAGGAGAGGUGUGAAUUCUGAAAAAAAUGUCUGUUUUUUCUGACAAACUAUUUUUUGCAGAAAAAAAAAUAACUUUUCUUAACAUGGAAAGAUGUAUCUUUUACUUUCUUUCCCUUUUUGAAAAUAUUAUUAUUAAAAGAAUAUUUUAUAGUAUUAAAGUUUUUAAAUGUUAUUUAUAUGCCCCUUGUUCUACGGUGGUAUCUGACACAUCAUUUUACAAAAAUUAAAAAAGUCUUAUCUCCAUUUUAAAUUUGAAUGGUUAUAUGCAUUUUGCAUGAAUGUAUUGUUAGGUAUGAUCAAUAUUUUCAUUAAACAAAUUAAUGAUAGGUAAAUAUUUCUGUAGACCAUUUUAUAAUUACUAGAAAUUCAAGGCGCUUCGCGCCCUUCUUUCUAGCCUUAGAGGGCGCUUCGCGCCCAUCUUCUAAAUUAAUU